AUGAAUGUAACUCCCAGUAAGCUAAAGAGAGACUUCGAAGAGCUACUCGAGGAGCAUAAAGCUAAGGAAAAUGUAGCUGAAUUCCUUGAGAAAAGACGCAAAAUAGCUAAUCUAAAACUUGAACCAAAACACACAACCAACACUAUGACAGAAAUUUUUCAGGAUCCUGAUUUACUGUCGCGUAUAUCGACUGAAGCAAGUCGAAUCAUGAACGAUGUUGCUCGCCCGUCACGUGCCAGAAGAGAACAAGAUUUGAUCACUUUCAAAAAGCCGCAAGCAAAGGAUGUAGUGCCUAAGAGAUAUAUAUCUGAUGAAAUGGCCUAUUUAUACGAUUCUUUAGAGCAGGUUAUCGAUAAAGACAGAGAAUACAUAAAUCCCUUGACACCAAAACAAAGAAAAUAUGUAGCGCAG